GGAUGUCUCUAUGACUUCUUUUCUAUAUUGUUUUUUAUUUCAAAACGAAACAACAUAAAAUACCUCCAGAUGAUAGUAACAGAAGAACUAACAAUUUCUCAAGUGAUGUGACGCUGCUGAUCCCAGCCCAUACUUUGAAAACCAGCGAUUCAAAGAAAAGUUUAAAGGUUCAGUUUUACUGUCUUAUCUGCGGCUGGCUAGUUCCUGUGGCAGAAGAGGCCACAUCUGCUUCCUAGGCCCUCUGGGCAGAAGUAUGCGGUGGUGUCUCCUCCUGAUCUGGGCCCAGGGGCUGAGGCAGGCUCCCCUCACCUCAGGAAUGAUGCCAGGCGCCAUAGUAACAAUGGGGAACAUUUCUGCAGAGAAAAGUGGCUCUGUCAUUUUACAAUGUCACCUCUCUUCCACCACGGCACAAGUGACCCAGGUCAACUGGAAGCAGCAGGACCAGCUUCUAGCCAUUCGUGAUGCUGACUUGGGGUGGCAUGUCUUCCCAGCCUUCAAGGAUCGAGUGGCCCCAGGCCCUGGCCUGGGCCUCACCCUCCAGUUGCUGACGACGAACGAUACCGGGGAAUAUUUCUGCAUCUAUCACACCUACCCUGAUGGAACUUACACCGGGAGAAUCUUCCUGGAGGUCCGAGAAAGCUCAGUGGCUGAGCACAGUGCCGGGUUCCAGAUUCUAUUGUUUGGAGCCACAGCCGCGACGCUGGUGGUCAUCUGCACAGCAGGCAUCGGGGUGGUCGUGUUGGCUAGAAAGAAGAAAUCUCUCAGAAUCCAUUCUGUGGAAAGCGGCCUCCAGAGGAAAUCAGCUGGACAGGAGGAACAGAGUCUCAGUGCUCCCUCAUCUGCAGGAAGCCGUGUCCAGGCAGAAGCUGCACCUGCUGGGCUCUGCGGAGAACAGGGGGGAGAUGGCUGUGCUGAGCUGCAUGACUACUUCAAUGUCCUAAGUUACAGAAGCCUGGGGAGCUUCUUGACAGAGACUGGUUAGCAACCAGAGGCAUCUUCUGGAAGAUAAACUUUUAUCUUUGCCAUUAUAGAUGCAUACAUAAGCAGCUGUACUCUCCAUCAGUGCUCUCUGUGUGUGUUCAGUUGCAUGAAUAAAUGUCAUCUUCUUCUUCAUCUUCAUUUCCUUGACCUUUUCAUUCUAUGCCAUUCUGCAUUAUGGCAGGCCUAGGGUGAGUAACUUGGAUCUUGAUCAUAAAUGCAAAAUUUAAAAAUAUCUUGACCCUAUUUUAAAUCUGGCUGUUUGAGCAGGUCCUCAUAAUGGCACUGGCCAGCAUUUUGGGCUACAAGGUUUUGUGGCUGACGACGCGGAUGGCAUGACUGCAGAGCCAUCCUCAUCUCAUUUUUUCACUGUCAUUUUCGGUAACAUUUACUCAUUCAAAGGCAUGUUAUUAAUAAGGCCUGGUAUCAGUCUCUAUGGGGAGAUUUGAGAGUGACUGAAUCUUGGUAUAUUUGCCCUCAAGAACUUACAGUUAAGUGGGGAGACAACAUUGUCCUGAAAAGGUGUUAUAGUAAGGAGAGGAGAAGAUGUAAUGCAGGCCUUCGGGAAGAGAUGAUAGUUUGGGGUGAGGUAGUUGGCAUAGGCUUAUCUGUGCUGAAGUGGCCUGGGACCACCAAGGAGAUAGUGAGGCUGGUCUGGGAGGAGCAGGAGUUUUAUCUAGGGAACUUCGUGAAGCUGAAAAUCCCACAAAGAAGUCCCUGGCACCAAGGGAGCCAGCAAACUCCAGAUUUUAUUCUCUUGGCAAGCAUUUCAAGUUCCCUUUUGCUGUGACAUACUCGCCCCUUAGACAGCCUGACACACUGCUCUGUAGGCUCUUCCACCCAUGUGUGCUGGGGAAGCCCCAGGAAACGCACGUGCCUGCGGAGGGAGCCAAGUCUUAGCAUUUGGGCCUUGAUCUACCUUUUCUGCAUCAAUACACUGCUGAGCCUUUCAAAAAAGAACGUUUCCCACUAAAAGGAAAAUGCAGAUUUUUAAAAUAAGGGCUCUUCUUAAGGGAAAAAAGGGGACUGGAGGUAAUAGAGGGUUUAAAAAAUAAAAACCCUUAAACUAACUUCUUCGAACCCUUUUAUUUACUCCCUGACCUUUUUGUGCUGGGGUUGGGGUAACUGACGGCUAUUUCUGUUUAACUGCAUUCAGGCUGAAUCUUAGAAGACUUUUAUCCUUCCACUGUCUCUCUCAGAGGAAUGAACAGGGAGGCUAGAUUUACUGGUGACUGAUUUUCUUUCAUGGGCCCAGGAACCAAGAGAGAAUGUGAAGCAAGGCUGGGUUUUGCCCAUGGUUAAAAUAAAGAAUUGCUUCCUAAGAAUAAAGGCCCUGCUUCCUAAGACAUAGACUGGGGUUGACAAUCGUCUUAGUAACAAGACAAUUCAACUCCUAUUCUGCCUUGGAUUUUUAUUUUUAUUGUUCUCACCUUUCUACCAAAUGGGUUACAUAGUUAGGAAGAAUGAACUGAAAUCUGUCUGGAGCUCCAAGUCUUUUGGAAGAAGGAUAGAUGCAUGUAAAAAUGUUGUUGUUUGCUGUGACAGUUUACAGUGUCUUUCUUGCAAAAUUAGCACAAAUCUGUUGGAAACAGAACACAAUUCACAAAUUGGAAGUGAACUAAAACGUAAUGGUGAAAAUGGAGUAGUGUUUUGAUUUGGAGGAGAUGUAUGUUCGGCAGAGGUUGGACUGAGAUUUGGGUGUUAUUUAACGUAAUUAUGGUAAUUGGGAAACAUUUAUAAACACCAUUGGGAUGGUAAUAAAAUACUAAACGGCCUAUACAUGUUAGAAAUGGGUCAGGUUACUAAAAUGGGAUUCGCUUUGAAAAAAAUUUUAAAUAGAAUUCACUGAACUAGAUUCUUCUCUGAGAACCAGAGAAGACCAUCUCCACAGCCAGAUUCCUGGAGACAUGUGCUGUCCACCACGGAGCCGCUUGCCACAUGUGGCCAUCAACCAGGUAAGAUGGUUGAUGAAUCAAGAUGCGUUGUUAUAAUUGGCAUAAGUGAAAAUCACACCAGACUUGGAGAUUGAAUAUGAAUAAUAAGAAUACUACUUCAGUAAUUUUGGUAUAUUGAUUGUCAAAAAUGAUAAUAUUUUGGCUGUACUAGGAGAAAUAAAAUAUAUUAAUAUUAA